AUGCUGGCUUUACUAUUAGUGCAGAUAGGAAGUUCAAUGCCAAUAUAUGGAAACUUCUCUUAAUACUAUUAUUAUGUAGAAUUGAAUAAUAAAAAAUGGAUUUUAGAUUAGGCUUUUGAUGGUGCUAUAGAAGAUACUGAAUGUCUAGGUAGCAACAAUUCAAAAUCCUAAUUUUUCUUUGCUUAAAGAUUUAUAUAGAUUCGUUCUCUUCCUUUAAGUAAAAAUAUGAUAAGAGAAGCUGAUAGUGCAAAUUACAUUUGUUAAGAUACUUGUAAAAUGUAGAUAGGUGAUUUUACAAUCAAUAAUUACUGUGGAUAAUUCUACAGUUAACAUUAGGAAAUUAAUAAUUAUUUAGGUCUUGGUUAAAUAGUACAAAAUCCUAAAAGCGAUUAGCAACUUAAAUUAUGUUUGGCUUAAAAUGGAGGUUAUAUGAAAAUUGGUAAUUUUGAGAAUGAUGAGCAUCACAUUUAAAUUGAUUAUGUCUAACUAAAUUGUUUUAUGGAAUCUAAUUGUUAAAAGAAUAGAUUGUAAUUCAUCGGUUUAGAAAUAAAAUAAUUUUUCUUAUAUCCCUUGAGUAAAAUUGAAGUAGUAGCGGAUUUCUCAAAUACAUAUGUUGAGCUUCCUUCUUAUAUGUAUAUGCCUUUAAUAUAGCACAUAUAAUGUUAAGGAGUUUUCUGUCCUAGAAGAAAUGAUUCAGAAGGACUGAUAUGCUAUGAUAAUGACUAUGAUGAUGUAGAUAAAUUUUAUCAGAAGUUUCCCAAUAUUCGCUUUUAUUUUUAUGUAAACUCAAAAUUUGUUUGGUUUCCAUAAGAUUAUUUAGUUACACAUGAUAAUAAGACUUAUUGUUUUCCUGUAAGAGGAGGAACAUCCAAAAUUAUUCUGGGUUAACCAUUUAUGAGAAAUAAAGAGUUUAUUUUUGGAAAGGAUAAAUUAAUUAUCAAUUACCAAAAUUGCUCCGAAGAAACUAGCCUUGAUGCUCCAACAAUAUCAUUGGAUAUCAUUGCUCAUAUCCACAUUCAUCAUUUAUUACAUCCUAUUUAAGUUUAAAUAGAGGAAAACAAAUUAAUAAUUGAUUAAUCCACACAUUCAAUGAUUAUUUUAUUAUUUUCUAUUGUAAGUUCUUAAUUAAUAUUUGAUCUCAAAAGAGAUGUUUAUAAGUCAGAGUAUUUCAUAGAAUUAGAUAUCGGUACUCCAUCAAAGAAAACUAACUUUGUUGCUGACACUGGCGCUCCGAUAACUUCAUUUAUAUGCAAUUCUAAUUCAAAUACUUUGCAUAUGUGCAAUUAGGAUCAGAACUCAGAUUGCUUGUCUUAAUUUGUCACUUAUGAUGGAGAAUUGUCUAGUGCAAUUUCAGCAUAUGAUCUAAUGAAGAUUCAAAAAAACAAUAUAAUAUUAAACUUUGAAUGCAUUUCACAAGAUUCAACCUAAAUAUUAGGAUUGGGAAGUUAAAGCAAUUUUAUUAACGCCUUAUAUAAAGAAUUUUAAUUUUAAAGCGAACAUUAGAUAUUUUCAAUAUUAUUAACAAAUGAAAAUGGCAAAUUAACUGUCGGUCAAGAUUAUCCAAAUUAUAAUGAUAGUAGUAUUCCUUUUUCUUAUUAGUCCUACUAUUUUUAAGUAGACUUAGUAACUGUCUCAGAUGAUAAUAAUAAUAUAGUUUUUUAACCAAAUCAACUUGAGGACUAUGAGAUUAUUGUAGAUACAGGAAGCACAUUAAUUAAUAUGGAUUCUGAAACUUUCUAAUCUUUUAUAAAAUCAUUUUCUAAAUGCGAAAAAGAUCCUAGAGGAUGUCCCUAAAAAAAGGAGAUAUAUGGAUAUUAAUGUUAUUUGUAUAAUAGGCCUCAUUAUGGUGACAUCUCUAAUUUUUAUGAAACUUUUCCUGAGUUUAGUUUCAACUUUAAAAAUGGCUAUAAGUAUAAAUUGAGUGCAAAAGAUUAUUUGAUUAAUUUAUAGGAUAAUUAUUAUUGUGUGCCUUUUGAAGGUUUUGCAAGAAAUUAUGAAACUAAAUUCAAAAAAAUCAUUCUUUUAGGACAACCUUUUAUGAGAAAUAAAGAAUUUUAUUUUGAUUUGAAAGAAUAUAAAAUUUUCAUUAAAGAUCCAGAAACAUCAUAAAAUUUUUUGCAUUAUACGAAUUUAACAGAUUUGGGUUUGAAUACUUAUAUUUUUGUGGAACUUGCCUUAAUGAUUGGGAUUUGCUUCUUUUACAGAAAAUAUUCAGCCCAAAUAAGAGGAAUGUUUAGAUCCAGCAGACCAAACUAAGGGGUUAAUCCUUAUGCUUGA